UUAAUUCCCUUCUUUACAGCACACUCACUUUCUUCUUCCUCCCCAUUUUCUUUUUAAAAUUAUCUUUUUAGGCAUAUUAAAGGUCUGCUUUCGUUUUCAUUCAUACCAGUUAGCAGCAAAACCAGUGGGAUUAGUUCUACUGCGCGCAUCUGCAGCUAGCUCUGAUCUAUUCAUAAUAUUCUCUAAUUUUAUUUUAUAUACAUAGAUGCUUGUGAUUGAGUGUGUAUUAUUGAAGCAAGGUAGUAGCAGCUAGCUGAAACCCACCUCAUAAUCCACAUCUCUAUAUUACUAUUACUACUGGUUAGCCUCUGAAAAUCUGUCAGAAGGAGAUGGAUGAAGUGGGUUUUCACUUUGUUUUCAGAACCCAAAACUGCUUAGCUUUAUCUUUAGCUUGAGAGAGAGAUACAGAAAGAGAGAGAUCAGAGACAGCACUACUUUGGUUUUAGCCAGAAGUUAGGAAGUUGUUGCUUGUUGAAUUGGUGUGGAAUAUUUAUAAAAUGCCUCAUAAAGGGAUUUCAGAGUCUUUGAAUCCGAUUCCUGAUCUUUCACUUCACAUAAGUCCUCCGAACAGUGCUCCGAACGAACCUGCAGACUCUGCGGCCUUCAACAUAUGGUGGUGCAGAGACAACACCGACGUCCACGACGGCGGUCGGGUCAAAUCCCAUAGUGACGUUGACGCUACUACUACUCCUCCCCUCGCCGCAGACACUGAGCUCUCCCUUGCAAAUCCCACAAGUGCUUCGGAGGCCGAGAGUGACAACAACGCAUCAUGGAAGAUGAUGAAAUCUAGCUACUUCGCAAGAGAUCAGCAGCAAGCAGAACCGGCGGCCGAAAAGCACAGCAACAUAAGUCACGGCCUUUCCAUGCUUGAUGUGGCCGAGCUAGGAAUGAAACCUAUCAAGGGAAUACCAGUCUACAACACCACUCCCGCAGCAGCAGCUAAUUGCUCCUUUCCCUUUACUUCUCCUAGUUUAGACUCAUCUAGGGAUAUUUCUGCAGCUGCUAAUUCCAAGCUUUUCUUCUACCAAACGCCGCCGUAUCUAUCUCCCGCUGGUGUUGCCAUGGGAGUCGGAGGAGGGUUUGAGUCAAGGUUUAAUGGGAUAACUAUGGACAGUCUUAGAGUGCCACCUCAACACCACUUACAGUAUCUGAAUCAUCAUCACCAUCAACAACAGCAGUUGCAGCAUCAACACCAAUGUGGAGUCGGAGUUGGGGUUGGGAUCGGAGCUCAUCAUCAUCAUCACCAGCAUGGUGACUUCUCUAAUAACAACGGGUUUAUCAUGAGAUCUAGAUUCACGCCCAAGUCGUAUCAGAGUAAGAGGAACAUGAGGGCACCCAGAAUGCGGUGGACGAGCUCCCUCCACGCCCGGUUUGUUCACGCCGUCGAGCUCCUUGGCGGCCAUGAAAGGGCGACUCCAAAGUCAGUUCUGGAGCUCAUGGAUGUCAAAGAUCUCACACUUGCUCAUGUUAAGAGCCAUUUGCAGAUGUACAGAACUGUGAAGAACACUGACAAACCUGUAGCUUCCUCAGAUGGGUCUGGUGAUGAAGAUCUUUUAUCCACAACAACGACGACGCAUCAUCAGAGUUCUGCAAAUGGUAUACAAAACCAAAGAGGAGUAUCAAAUGCAAGUUUAAAUUUGGAGCAAGAUACCGAACACCCUUCAAGCAAUCUGUGGGGUAACUCUUCCAGUAGGGGACCAUGGGUGCAAGCAACUUCAAGAGAUCUUAAUGGCCACUCUCAACAUAGAAGUCUUUCUGGAAACCUAUUUCAUCAUCAUGAGCUGCAGGGAAGUGAUUUUGCUCAACCAAGAAGUAGCUUUAUAGACCUUACAAAUGGAGACCUCAUUAAAAAUCCAAGCUUGGAGUUCAGCUUGGGGCGACCGGACUGGCACAGCAAAGAAGUACUGGACUAAUUUUACAAUUUAAGUUGAUUAAUUAACUAGCUAGAAGGAAUUGUCUGACUGUCAUGCAUGCUUUAAUCUCUUCAAAGAAGAACGAAGGGAUAAAGGACGAAGAAGAAACACAUGACACAUAUAUAAGAAUUUUAGGGGGGGGGGGUGUUUGAGGAAGGUAGAAAUCUUAGCCAUCGAUCAA